AUGUCGACUGCUUAUAUGGCUGUCGUUUCUGUGGGUAAGAAGAAAUCUAGAGCAUCCAAAAAAGUUCAGACUGAGGAUUUUGCUUUAUUUCAUUCCUUGGCCAAAAUUUUGUUCCGAAUUCCUGCUGCUCUUUUUCUCUUAAUCCUCAUUUUCCUCUGGUCUACUUCCACCACCUUUAUUUCAGGUAACAUUCUUCAUGUGUGUUUGUCAUCUCGGAAGCUCAACAACCUCUAUUGCAUAUCUGCUGGGACGCAGCCAAAUUUCCAUAUUCCUGUUCCACUCAUCAACGGAAGUUCAGCAUCCAUCACCAGAGAAGAAAAUGAUGCUAGAAGCUUAGUUCAAACCACCUAUAACAUCUAUAAGAGCAGUAACAAGUACCUGGAUGAGGAAGUGAUGACGGCCUUGAAUCAAGUGGAGGACCAGCUUCGUAUUCAUCGAUCAUGGAUAUCUUUUGAUCAGAGCCACACAAAUUGUGAUGGGAGGGGAGUGUAUGUUUAUGAACUUCCCCCCAAGUUCAACAAAGAUAUAUUGGCUCAGUGUGGUGAUAUUUUUCCUUGGGCUAAUCUCUGUAAAUAUUUCAGCAAUGACGCCUUAGGUGAGCCGAUACAGAAGCUUGGUAAAGGCUGGUAUCACACUCACCAGUACUCACUGGAGCCAAUCUUCCAUUCAAGGGUUCUAAAGCAUACUUGUAGGGUAUACAAUGAAAAUGAAGCCAAGCUAUUUUACGUACCAUUCUAUGGUGGGCUUGACAUCUUGCGAUGGAAUUUCAAGAAUGUUUCAGAUGAUGUAAAAGACUCUUUAUCCUCAGAACUGAUAAGAUGGCUUGAGACACAAAAGCCUUGGUUUCAGAAGUCAGGUAAAGAUCACGUCUUUGUCUUAGGCAAAAUCACCUGGGAUUUCAGGAGAUAUGACAGAGAGUCAUGGGGCACAAGGUUCUUGGAGCUUGAUGAAAUGCAGAAUCCGAUAAAGCUUCUGAUUGAACGGCAGCCUUGGCGUAUCAAUGACAUUGGCAUCCCACAUCCAACAUACUUCCAUCCCCAGACAGAUGAUGACAUAAUCACGUGGCAGCUGAAGCUAAUCAGAUCACGGCGUGGAAGCCUCGUGAGCUUUGCUGGGGCGGCAAGAUCUGGUGCUCCAAAGAACAUAAGAUCCAUCCUGAUCGAGCAAUGUACUUCAGCUAGAAAAGGAAACUGCAGAUUCCUAAACUGCGGUUCAGGUGCUUGUGAUCAACCCGAGUCACUGAUUGAGAUAUUCAUGGAAUCUGAGUUCUGCUUACAACCUCCAGGUGACAGCGCAACAAGAAAAUCAGUGUUUGAUUCUCUUAUAUCAGGUUGCAUUCCAGUACUCUUUGAUCCUUUCACAGCUUACUAUCAAUAUGCAUGGCAUUUACCAGAAGAUCACGAGAAGUAUUCAGUAUUCAUAGAUGAAGAUGCGGUGAGAAACAGGCAGGUCAAUUUUGCUGAAAGGCUAGAGAAGAUUCCUAUAAAGGAAAGAGAGGACAUGAGAAGGUAUAUAGUCUAUGACCUAUUACCUGGACUCCUGUAUGGAGAUUCAAAUUCAAAGCUUGAGAAAUUUCAGGAUGCUUUUUCGAUAACAAUGAAUAAUCUGAUUGAAAGGGUGAACAGAUUAUAG